AUUCGUUGACCGGAAAGGCGAUCUCUCUAAUAUUAAUGCUAAACCGCCGCCGUCGAAACUACAUGCACCACCGUCAUCAUAAAUCAUAAUUAAAAAAAGAAAAAAAAAAAAAAAGUGAUAAAGAUCCCAGUAUCAGAUAUUCCAACACUACUCCACGCUCAAAACACACACACACAUAAAUACAUAUAUAUAUAUUGGAAGGAUCGUCCUCAUUAAUACAACACUCCACGCACAAAUAUAUGCAUAUAUAAUAUUAUAUAUAUAUAUAUGUACUGCAAGAAAGAAAAAAUAAUUUGUUUCUUGAAUUUGUAAUAUUGUAAUAGUAGUGAUUUUGAUAUAUACGAUGAGAGCCUUUUCUCUUACCUUCCUCAUCCUCACUUUCCUCUCCACUCUUUUCCUUCAAAGCCUGAUCAGAGGAGAAGCAGAGCAUGCCAGCUCACCACCCCGUGGUUGGAACUCGUACGAUUCGUACAGCUGGAUUAUUUCUGAAGAAGAAUUCCUCCAAAACGCCCAACUUGUUUCUCAGCGCCUGAAAAAUCAUGGAUACGAGUAUGUGGUGGUGGAUUUUCUUUGGUACAGAAGAAAAGUGGAAGGUGCUAAUACAAAUUCUCUCGGGUUCGAUGUUAUCGAUGAAUGGGGCAGGAUGGUACCCGACCCGGUUCGUUGGCCUUCGACCCGGAACGGAAAAGGGUUCGCCGAAGUGGCCAAGAAAGUUCAUAGCAUGGGUUUGAAAUUCGGUAUUCAUGUAAUGAGAGGCAUUAGCACACAAGCAUUCAACGCAAACACCCCUAUCCUCGAUGUUACCACGGGAAAAGCUUACGAAGAAUCGGGUCGAACGUGGAGAGCGAAAGACGUAGGAAUAAAGGAGAGGGCUUGCGCGUGGAUGAAAAACGGUUUUAUGAGUGUGAAUACGAAAUCGGGAGCUGGUUUAGCUUUCCUUCGGUCGCUUUAUCAACAAUAUGCUGAUUGGGGAGUUGAUUUCGUUAAACACGACUGUGUAUUUGGCGAGGAUUUUGAUCUAGAUGAGAUAACCUACGUGUCGAAGGUCUUAACGGAGCUUAAUCACACGAUCCUGUAUUCGUUAUCGCCCGGAACUAGUGCGACUCCAUCCAUGGCAAAAGACGUUAGUGCCCUUGUCAACAUGUACAGAAUUACGGGGGAUGAUUGGGAUAAUUGGAAAGAUGUAGCUGCCCAUUUCGACGUUUCUCGGGAUUUUGCCGCUGCUAAUAUGAUCGGUGCUAGGGGACUGCGCGGAAAAUCGUGGCCCGAUUUAGAUAUGCUUCCACUCGGAUGGCUUUCUAAUGCAGGUUCGAAUGAAGGCCCUCAUCGGAAAGGCAAUCUUACUCUCGAUGAACAAAGAUCUCAGGUGACGUUGUGGGCCAUGGCGAAGUCGCCUUUCAUGUUCGGAGGAGAUAUGAGACAGCUGGACGAGUCGACACUGAGUCUAAUCACUAAUCCUACUCUCUUGGAGAUCAACUCAUUCAGCUCAAACAAUAAAGAGUUUCCGUAUAUUUCGAGUACGAAAAAGGGUCGAAUAAGAAAUUCCCAAUCGAGAAUUUCGAACAUAGGGAGUAGUAGUACACCGGGACUCACUAGCUGCAACGAUGUCGAUGCGAGAGGGUGGUCGAUUAGUGAUUUAGGACAAGUGUGCUGGAAUGAGAAAUCGAGAAACGGGCUUAAAGAGCCUUUUUGCCUAUACAAACGAAAGCCUAUUCCGACAUCAGAUAAAGUUCAUUUACUGGAGAGGGAGAAGUCGGAUUGUUUAGGUGCGUCUCCAAAUCGAAAGCUUACUUCUAAAGAAUCGAAAAGGGGUCCGUUUUCGCCAUGCGGAUUUCAUGCCAACCAGAUGUGGGAGUUGACUCACAACGACCUGAUGAAUAGCUACUCGGGUUUAUGUGCAUCUAUGAAGACAGUCAAAGCUAAUUCCGUCUCCACCGGUGUUCGGGCUUGGAUUGCAACCGGAAGAAAAGGAGAAAUUUAUGUCGCGAUAUUCAAUUUGAAUGAUCAGAAGGCCGAUAUAUCGAUAAAGAUAGCAGAUUUGGGCAAGGCAAUUCCGGGUAAGAAUUUCGACAAGGCUUCGUGCAAAAGCAGAGAAGAAUGGAGUCGGAAAGAUUUCGGAGAUGUAAAAGAUUCCGUCUCCGCACAAAUCGAAACCCACGGAUGUGCUCUCUUUGUCCUAAACUGCACUUAAUUAUAACCUAAGAAAAUAUUAUGUUAUACUUUUUAUAUUCCUAAAUUAUGUAAUUUCACUGUCUUAUGUGAUAUUUUCCUACAAUUAAUUUCGCGACGAACGAAUUUUCGUCGUUAGCUAUGAAUAUUUGUAUUCGUUUU